AUGAUUCUCGAAGCGGCUCGGUUUGGACAAUGGUAUAGGAGACGAUCCUAUUCUCUAUCUCAUAAUAACGACCCUGUUCCUAUAGUCAGAAACAACCGACGUUUUGAAAAUGGAUGCAAGAUCGGCAUCAGGAGUGACUAUGAAUUAACCAAGAAAACACAAACACUUGUUACUGCUGCUGCUAUUAGUCAGAAAAAGAACAGCCAUGGAAAAGGAGGUGGUUACCCUCUCGAGAUUCUGGUCUAUCCAAUAGACACGUUAACCGAUGCAGCAGCAGAUGAGUUAAAGGAGAAAUACAUGUGUCCUCAAUGUAAUCUCUUGUUACGAAACCCUGUACAAAGAAACUCUUGUGGACACAGGUGUUGUCAAGACUGUUGCGGUAUAUCUACUAUUAUGUGUAAAGCUUGUAUAGUAGACGAAGAGGGUACUGCUACUACUGAUACUACUCAGCAGCAGAUACAGCAGAUCUUUUAUCAUCACGAUACAGCCAUGGGAAAAGAAAUGGAAGAGGUGUUUGUUAAAGUCCAAUGCGAAAACCAUUGCGUUUGGCAAGAUCCGCUCAAAGAUUACGACAGACACGUCUCUCUAGAAUGCGAUUAUAGAGUCAUCGAAUGUGAAUGUCAAGCUAAAAUAUGGGCCUGUCGAUUAGAGAGUCACUUGGAAGACGAGUGCGAUAGGAGACGGGUCUCUUGUCAAUAUUGUACGGAGGAAUCCCCACAGUACUUACUCAGAGACCAUACUACUCGUGUCUGCGGUAAAUAUCCCAUCCAAUGGGUAGCCUGUCAUAAAAAGGUGAGACGAGAAGAGAUGUCUCGUCAUUUAGAAGAAGGAAUAGGUUCGUGUCCUAAAGCGAGAGUCCUCUGUUUUGCCACCGAAUGUAACGACGACGGCGGUAUACCUAGAGACGUCUUUAGCUCGCACCUAGAUAAGAAACCGGGACUUCAUCUUACGGCCUUGCAUCAGCAACUCAAAAGACAAGAGACGAGGCUAGAACGGAUGCACGAAAAGUGCGACGAACUGGAUACGAAAACGACUCAAUCGGAAGGCAUCGCUUCGGCUCUAUACGGAGAAGUCGACAGAUGCAUCACUGGGUUAGACGAGCAGAAGAGACUCUACGCCGAGACCAUAGACGGACUACGCCAGACAAAUAGGAACCUCACGCACGACGUCCAUAGGAACAAAGAGGAAUUUGAUAGACACACUUUAAAAGACGCCAUUUCUACUCUGAGACAAAAGAUCAACGAGCUGGAAGUUAGACUCGCAAACGAAGAACUCAACUCUCACAACGACGGGAACUUCUUAUGGAGAAUACCGGAUUGGAGUCGGAAGCUUCGAGAGGCUAAGAUUGAUGAUGGUACGUCUUGCUAUCACUCGUCUCCCUUCUAUACUAGUAAAAAUGGUUACAAGAUGUGUGCCCGCAUCUACCCUAAUGGGGUCGGCGAAGAAGAGACGAAAGGCAAACACGUUUCCCUCUUCAUCAUGCUCAUGAAAGGCGAGUACGAUUCUCUCUUGACGUGGCCCAUGCAAAAAAUACGGGUCACCUUCACGCUACUCAAGAAUAAGAAUAGUUCUAGCAGUGCCAGCAGUACUAUCGUCGACAAUAUAGAGCAUAGUUUCAGAGGAGGUAGAUCCAUUGAAGAAUUCUACCAACGACCCGUGGAUGCAAGAAACCCAGCUACUGGUAUUCCUCAAUUUGUGAAGCACGAGGAUUUAGAACAUUAUAUCAAAGAUUACGAUACCAUGUUUAUCAAAAUCAAAGUGAAAUGUUUGUAA